AUGUCCCUCCGCCGCGUCCUCCGCAUUAACAAGAACAAUUUCCCUCUCUCAAAGCGUCACAUGGUCUCUUUACCCGACUUGGACAGAUUCACCAAGUCGAACCUGAAUCCGAAGGCGACCAUCGAUGAGCGUCCUAUAUCUCUACGCUUCCGAGUCAGCUCACUGAUCGAGCUUUGUCAGUUGCAAGAGGCGGAAGGAAUCUCGAGGCUAGCUGUCACGGAAAAGUAUCGCGGCUUGGAUUCGGAUUCGGAGAAGAAGACCAUGCGCAACGAAAUCAUCGCCGCCAUGUGUGCCGCCAAAAGGCACGACGACGCAAUCGCUCUGUACUACUGCUUCUUAAGGGAACCUUCACUCGGAUCCUCCGCAAUCAAGCUAUGCAGUCCCUUCUUGUUUAAUCGUCAUUGUGUAAAUGCCGACACCAUCAGGUUGUUGACCAAAGUCUUGGUCGACGCCGGGAGGAUCGACGACGCUCACAUCUUUGUAAAGGGUAGAAGAGAGCUCAGUGACUCGGUGGCAUACAGCUAUCUCAUCCGCGGCUUCUUGGAUCUAGGGAACAAGGACAAGGCUUAUGAAUUAGUUGAUGAAAUGAACCGAACCUCUGACGAUGGUCCCGGCAGAAGAAGAGCGGUCGUGGAUGCUACAUUUAUGGACUACUGGUUCAAGCAAGGCGAGGACGAGAAAGCUAUGGAGAUUUACAGGUCUCGGGAAGGGGAAGAAGUAGUGUGUGCGGCCACUGGGAAUACCCUUUUGGAGAUGUUGCUCGACAACGGUAAGCAAGCAGAGGCUUGGAAGCUCUUCCACUCCAUGAUAACCAAUUCCAACACCUUUGACAGAGAGACCUUCGUUACUAUGGUGAAUGCGUGUUUCAAGCUGGGGCUUUUCAAGGAAGCCCUCGAGACUUUCAAGAGGCCCGAGUUGACCAGGUCCUCUCGGUGUUACGCUAACAUCAUUGCAAACUUCUGCGAUCGCGGGAUGAUGUCUCAAGCACAAGAUUUGUUUGCGGAAAUGUGCUCUGCCCACUGCGUGUGUCCUCCUGAUGUCCCUACGUUUAGAUCCAUGAUCAAUGGAUAUGCUAAGGUUGGGAGAGUCGAUGAUGCUAUAGAGAUGUUGAAAAAGAUGGUCGAUGCAACUCUCCUCAAGUUUGCUGUUCAAGAGGCCCGUUAG